UUCCCCGUUUUAAACGUCAGGUUCUGACAUUGUUCAGUGGAUGAUGAAGAACCUCAACAUAGAUGAUCCUGCGGAGGCCAUACACAUCGGCAGCCUGAUCGCCGCCCAAGGCUACAUAUUCCCUAUCUCUGAUCAUGUUCUCAUCCUCAAGGAUGAUGGGACGUUAUACCGCUUUCAGGCUCCAUACUUUUGGCCCUCUAAUUGCUGGGAGCCAGAGAACACGGACUAUGCCAUCUAUCUGUGCAAACGGACCAUGCAGAACAAGACCCGGCUGGAGCUGGCGGACUAUGAGGCAGAGAAUCUAGCGAGACUACAGAGGGCUUUUGCAAGGAAGUGGGAGUUCAUCUUCAUGCAGGCUGAGGCACAGGUCAAGAUCGACAGGAAAAAAGACAAAACGGAGAGAAAGAUUCUGGAUAGUCAAGAGAGAGCCUUCUGGGAUGUUCACCGUCCUGUGCCUGGGUGUGUGAACACCACAGAGAUGGACAUCAGGAAGUGCCGCCGCCUGAAGAAUCCUCAAAGGGUGAAAAAGUCAGUGUAUGGGGUAGUGGAUGACACACAGUCUCAGAGUCCUGUACACACACCCUCCCAGCAGAGCAGCAAGGACACCAGAGAGGACAUCGAGAGAGAGAUUCUGUUCUUGAACACUCAGUUGGAUCGCCACUGUAUGAAAAUGUCCAAAGUUGCUGAGACAUUGAUGAGCUCCACAGAGCAGUAUCUUGACUAUGACCCCUUUGUGACAGUACCAGAGCCCGCUAACCCCUGGAUCAGUGAUGAUGUCACUUUCUGGGAGCUAGAGGCCAGGUUCCUUCAUCUCCGCUUGCCUGAGCCGUUCUCACAGUUCUGGUUGGCUGUGCAGGAUCUGAAGUGCCGCCCCCUGCAGGAAGUGGCGGCUCGUGCUCAGGAGAUCUGGCAAGAGUUUCUUGCUGAGGGAGCUCCCAGUGCCAUCAAUCUGGACUCGCACAGCUACGAGCGCACCAGUCAGAAUCUAAAAGACCCGGGCCGCUACAGCUUUGAAGAUGCCCAGGACCACAUCUACAAGCUGAUGAAGAGUGACAGCUACCCUCGUUUCCUGCGCUCCAAUACUUACCAGGACCUCGUGCUGGCCAGAAAGAAGCCUGAGACUGAGCAAGGUCGACGCACAUCCCUGGAGAAAUUCACUCGCAGUGUGGGCAAGUCUCUGACAAGUAAACGACUGACAGGCCUCAUGCAGUCCUCCUGACCAGUCCUGCAGUUUGCAGUUUGUUGGGGUGGAAGGAUUGAGGCCAUGACGGACCACGUGCAUGGACCACCCUCUCUCCAAAACCCACCCGAACACCGCACAGCUACCGACUCUAGAUGGCAGCAUGCAAUAAGUAAAAAAAA